UUAGUCACAGGCGCAACUGAAUAAUACGCAUUUACAGAACUAUAGACAAUGCCUCGUUACACAUUAGUGGCUUUGGGCGCGUUCGUUCUGCUUACGGGCUUGGUGGAGGCCUUCGACGUGACCAAGACCAAGACGGAAAACAUAUUCUUGACGGAAGAGGAUGUCGUUAAGGACGAGCCGGCUGGGAGUCUUCGAGCCAACGUCAGGGAGUACAGAUUCAUCGGAGACUUGGUGAUCGGGGAUCGUCUUGCGGAUGAGACCGUGUUCCGUCGCUCGGUGGAUAUAGCCAAUCCGACGAAUCAAGUUUACAGCACUACCAUCUCAUUGAACGUCGAGAGAGGGAAAAUACACUUCUUGAGCGCGACGAACGAAAGAAACAGCUAUGCAGUGGGUUGCGACGAGCCCUACAGUUUAGGACAUUCCAAGAUUAGUUUCAACGUACGAGUACCUCCGAGCAGCAAAUCUCAACUUUGGCUCUUAGUCGCUGCUCAUUAAAAUUAAAUUAUGCUCAAACUUAUAUUUUUGAGUUAAAUUGCCUCGGAAAUGUAAUUUAUUUUCCAGAGGCAAGACAAUAUACAUUUUUAAUGUACUGGAUAAUAAAGUUUUUAAAAUGGUCCAUUGAUAUAUGUAUUUUGUAAUAAAACAAAAAGCAUGAUGUUCAAAAUAGUUAACUUUGUGGUUAUAUUAAAA